CGCAUUGGAAGCCAUGUUGAAGUUUUGGUGGAGGCUUGCUGUUAUUUUCUGACGCUGUAUGUUUUUUUUCGAUUUGUAAUAUUGGUCUCGUUCAACCAUACCAUUCGGGAACCAUAAAUCGGAGUUCUAAAGAUGAAUUCCAGCGUUGACCUAUCCAGGCGCAAUCCGCAGGAGGAUUUCGAGCUAAUUCAGCGGAUAGGAAGUGGCACAUACGGAGAUGUCUACAAGGCCCGUAAUGUCAACACCGGGGAACUGGCUGCCAUUAAAGUUAUUAAGCUGGAACCUGGUGAGGACUUUGAGGUGGUGCAGCAGGAGAUCAUUGUGAUGAAGGACUGCAAACACUCCAACAUCGUGGCCUACUUCGGCAGCUAUCUCCGGAGAGAUAAAUUAUGGAUCAGCAUGGAGUACUGCGGAGGAGGAUCUCUGCAGGAUAUUUAUCACGUGACUGGGCCUCUGUCCGAGUCUCAGAUUGCGUAUAUGUCACGGGAAACCCUCCAGGGUUUGUACUAUCUCCACAACAAAGGCAAAAUGCACAGAGACAUUAAGGGAGCAAAUAUUCUAUUGACAGACAACGGCUAUGUGAAAUUAGCUGACUUUGGUGUAUCAGCACAGAUCACUGCCACGCUGGCUAAGAGGAAGUCCUUCAUUGGAACUCCAUACUGGAUGGCUCCAGAGGUGGCAGCAGUGGAAAGGAAGGGAGGCUACAACCAGCUGUGUGAUAUCUGGGCCGUGGGCAUCACUGCCAUUGAGCUGGCCGAGCUGCAGCCUCCUAUGUUUGACCUGCACCCCAUGAGGGCCCUUUUCUUGAUGACAAAGAGUAAUUUCCAGCCGCCCAAAUUGAAAGACAAAGGGAAGUGGGGAAAUAAUUUCCAUCAUUUUGUCAAAUUGUCCCUGACGAAAAAUCCCAAGAAGAGGCCAACAGCAGAGAAACUAUUACAGCACCCAUUUGUGUCACAGCCUCUCAGUCGAACCCUGGCCAUCGAGCUGCUGGACAAAGCCAACAACCCAGACCACACCACAUACAAUGACUUUGAUGAUGACGACCCUGAACCAGAGUUUAAGUAUAGGGGCCACUUCCUUCCCAUCACCCCUGGUGCUCGGCGAGCUCCUCGCUUUGCCAUCCGCAAGAAGUCUCCUGUGUCUGUUCCCCAUCGGAUUCGCUCCACCAGCAGGAGCACCAGGGAAGGGAAGACGCUGUCUGAGAUCACCUUUGGCCAGGUGAAGUUUGACCCCCCGUUGAGGAAGGAGACAGAGCCCCAUCAUGAGCUGCCCGACUCUGACCCUUUUUUGGACUGUGCAGAAGAGCUGUACUACACGGCGAGAUCUAAUCUGGAUCUUCAACGGGACUAUGGACAGGAAUCUCCAAGCCUGGUGGGAGGGAACAAGAGUCUUCUCAAAUCAGUGGAGGAGGAGCUUAAGCAGAGCAAACACAGUACCAUCAUGAGGCCGAAAGUCCCACCCCCACUUCCCCCCAAGCCCAAAUCUAUCUGUCCGCCCCAGGAGAGCCCGUCCCAGGGAGAGGAUGAUGUAGGCGGAGGGGGGACCAUCAAGCGCUGCCCCGUACCCGAGAGCCCCGCCCGACCCGCCUCAAAUGUACCCCCCCGCCCUCCACCCCCACGCCUGCCCCCCCACAGACGCAGUAGCCUAGGUAAUGGAUUGAGCUCUCACCAGAAUGGAGAGAAGGACAGUGCUGCAGAGAGGCAGUCCACCAUGCCCCCUAGUGUCCCCAUACGGAAAGACAAGAAGGACAUUCCCAAGCCAAUCAGUAAUGGUCUCCCACCCACACCCAAGGUCCAUAUGGGGGCCUGUUUCUCCAAGGUGUUCAACGGCUGCCCGUUGAAAAUCCACUGUGCCACAUCCUGGAUCAACCCAGACACCAGAGACCAAUAUUUGAUAUUUGGUGCUGAGGAGGGGAUCUACACUUUGAACCUGAAUGAACUGCACGAGACGUCAAUGGAGCAGCUCUUUCCCCGGCGUUGCACUUGGCUUUAUGUUAUGAACAACUGCUUGCUCUCUAUAUCUGGAAAAGCCUCCCAGCUCUACUCUCAUAAUGUAGCUGGUCUGUUCGAGCAUGCCCGGCAAAUGCAGAAGCUACCCAUGGCCAUUCCUACACACAAACUCCCGGACAAGAUGAUUCCACGGAAGUUUGCCGUAUCUAAUAAGAUUCCAGACACAAAAGGUUGCCAAAAGUGCUGCGUAGUGAGGAACCCAUACAGCGGUCACAAGUACCUGUGUGGAGCGUUCCAGUCCAGUGUGGUUCUGCUGGAGUGGGUGGAGCCCAUGCAGAAGUUCAUGCUCAUCAAGAACAUCGACUUCCCCCUGCCCUGUCCUCUGGAGGUGUUUGAGAUGCUGGUGGUACCAGAGCAGCAGUACCCUCUCAUCUGUGUGGCUGUCAGCAAGGGCACCGAGAUCAGCCAAGUGGUCCGCUUCGGAACGGUCAACCCCAACUCAACAUCCUCCUGGUUCACAGAGGCUGAUACGCCCCAGACGUGUGUCAUCCACGUCACCCAGUUGGAGAGGGACACCAUAUUAGUUUGUCUCGACAGGUGUAUAAAGAUCGUGAACCUACAGGGAAGGUUGAAGUCCAGCAGGAAGUUGUCUGCUGAGCUGACGUUUAACUUCCAGAUCGAGGCGAUAGUGUGUCUCCAAGAUAGUGUUCUGGCGUUUUGGAGGCAUGGUAUGCAAGGGCGGAGUUUCAAGACCAAUGAGAUCACCCAGGAGAUCUCUGAUAACACACGGAUCUUCAGACUGCUGGGAUCUGACAGAAACUCUCAGCACGACAGUUCAGGGCAGGAGGGAGCCGCCAGUCUGCCCAGGUAUACUCACUUCUCCCUGGGUCACACCAGGUCUCAUCUAGCCUACAGACUCUCUGAUCUAUGGAUGUCCCCUGUGGGGACCCUUGUUUUCAUUCUGCCUGUAUGAGUGUGUGGGUUGGUUUUCUGUUUUCUUUGGUCAGUAACUACUUUGUUACAGCACGUUGACCCUAUUCACAUGAUGGAAUUUGUCUAUGGGGCUUGAGUAUGCUAUAAGUAGGAUCUGGUGUGUGUUGGGGGGUGUGGGGUCUGUUGGUGUGAAAUAGUUUUUUUCUGUGUGUGAGGCUUACAUCCUUAACCCCCUGGUCCCCUCUAGGACCAUAUACUUUCACAGUGUGAGUCUGAUCUGAACUUGCCCCCACUGUGUUUCAGAGUGGUGGUGCUGGAAAGCAGGCCGACAGACAACCCCACAGCACCGAGCAACCUCUACAUCCUGGCUGGACACGAGAACAGCUACUGAUCAAACCGCACAGCAUCCUGGGAACACAAGUCACUACAGACACAGACACUACAGA